CAAAGGAACCACGUAGAAUGGCAACACACAAUUUUGUGCUUAUCAUGGCAAUACUCAGCAGUGGGUCGCUAGCACUGAACUUCUGCUCGCAAGAGCAAGACCGGAAAUAUUACUGCAGAUGGAAAGGCGAAAAUUAUACACAGCUAUGCCCACAAGCACCACGUAAAAAAUGUACCGACAAAGCAGAGCUUAUUUGCCUAUGUAAAGAAGGAUACUUUCGGCGGGCCUUCUACUUCCCAUGCGUUAGAUGGAGAGAUUGCGGCAACAGAGGAAUCGUUCACGUGUUGAUGCCGUGUUUCGGGGACACCCUUUACAUGGUAGGAGCAUCUACCUCGCUAGUUGAUCCAGCGAAAGUGAAGUGCAUCAGAUCAACAUUUGCAGGCCUCCUUACAGACGGAUGUCGUCGCCACGUUGAUUUCAAAGAGGACGCAAGUCAUGCACGUCGCACGGCUGAAGCCAUACCAUCAUCGCGAACUCUGACUCGCUUGGUGAGCUUCGUCGAACCCGGAGGAAAAUGUGACGCGGCACCGGAAGAGAAGGAAAAGUAGAAGAGGCGUGAGGUUUUUGGUGGAUUGGCUGUUUCGGACCGUCCCAUGACUUCUCUACCCCUUUCAAUGUAAAUAAAUCUAUUCUA